GUGUGUGUGUGUGAGACAGGAGGGAGGAAAAAGAAAAUAAUAAUAACACUCAACACUUUUACGACUCGUGCAAACUGGCUGCGGAACAUCGCUUUCACCUUUGUGGAUUUUGUGCGUCCUGCGUGUGUUUUUGUCUCACGCUGACUUGUAACUGGACUUACAAGCGAGCAUCAGCGUUUCAACUCUGGAAAAUCACAAGUGGAUGAUUUAUUAUUUCUGUUAUUUUUAUUUUGUUUUUAUUUUUUUGCUCCACUUAGACUGUGAGAAUCCCAGACGGGGCAUGACUGGUUUCUGGCACCUGGACAGGUGAACAUAUAUAUAUAUAUAUAAAUAUAUAUAUUUAUAUAUAUAUAUAUUUAUACAUAUAUAGUUUUCUUUGCUGCUGCAGAUAAGAACCUUUUUAUUGUUGGAAAAAAAUUAGACAACAGCAAAGAAACAAACAAACAAACAUUGGCGGAUAAGAGUUUGAUUUGUGAAGAUGUCAAAGCCUGUUGAUCACAUCAAGAGACCCAUGAACGCGUUCAUGGUGUGGUCCCGGGGCCAGAGGAGGAAAAUGGCUCAGGAGAAUCCAAAAAUGCACAACUCCGAGAUCAGCAAGAGACUGGGCGCAGAGUGGAAGCUGCUCUCCGAGUCCGAGAAGAGACCGUACAUCGACGAGGCCAAGCGACUGCGCGCUCAGCACAUGAAGGACCAUCCCGACUACAAGUACCGACCCAGGCGCAAACCUAAGAACCUGCUCAAGAAGGACAGGUACGUUUUCCCGCUGCCUUACCUCGGUGACACGGACCACCUGAAGGGGCUGCCAGUGUCCGCCGCGGACUCCCUGCUGGGCUCCCCGGACAAGGCGCGCGCCUUCCUGCCGCCCACCUCAGCCCCGUACUCCUUCUUGGACCCGAGUCAGUUCAGCUCUAGCGCCAUCCAGAAGAUGACGGAGAUGCCACACGCGUUGAGCACCAGCACUUUACCGUACGCGUCCUCGUUGGGAUACCAGAACGGCGCGUUUGGCACGCUUGGGUGCCCGAGUCAGCACACCCAUACCCACCCGUCGCCCACGAACCCCGGCUACGUCGUGCCGUGCAACUGCACGGCCUGGUCGGCGUCAAGUUUACAGCCGCCGGUGGCCUACAUACUGUUUCCAGGUAUGACCAAGACUGGGAUUGACCCAUAUUCAUCCGCACACGCCACUGCCAUGUAACCUUUAAGACGCUCGUCUUUUUAAUUCCACAACUGAAAAUGCAUGUAAAUAUAAACAGUUAAGAGGCAUGGACACUUACAAACUGCCUUGGACAAAAAAAAAAAAAAAAAAAAAAGAA